GCUUCAAAUAGUGUCAGACGGACAUACUUCCAACUUUUGAGGUCUAAUUUGGUCUUGCAUUCUCAAUCGGCUCAGAUGGGCGCCAAUACCCAUAGAUAAGCAUCUGUUCCAGCCCUAUUUUCUCACAGACACACUAUUUAGAAUCUCAUUCCCUGCGCCCUCUCCCUCCGAUACCUUUACUUUCUAGCACCCAUUUUCAACAUCAUUUCUUUCCAGAAUGGCUGCCACUGCAGUCGAGCCAGCAACAGUCGAGGUUCCAGGUCUUCCAGAUUACGUUCUUGACCCCAAUGCUACCUUGAAGGAUGCUACUGCCACCUGGAGACAUGGCAGAGCUCCCGACUAUUCACAGACCCGCAAGGUCUACGAAGAGACCAAAACGAAGAGCCAUGAGGCAGCAAGUCUUCCCAACCUAGUCGAGAAUCUCGUCAAGAACUGGGAGGUUGAGGCAAGCUUCAAAAGCGAUAUUAGUGACUGGCGAACCAUCGAUCGGCCCAACUACACCUUUUCGAUCAACGGAGGCCCUCCCCAGUCAGCUGAACAUAUGCUCAAAGUAGGAACUUACAACGCCAUCAUCUCGCCCAACGAUUUCUACAGCCCCGAGAACUCAGACUUCUCCUCCAGCCACAAGACCUUUAAACGCAUGAUGCCGACAUUCGCAUGGGAGGUCUUGGGUGUUUACAGUGGACCGCCGGUAGUGGCGUUCAAGUGGAGGCACUGGGGAACCAUGAAGAAUGACUACGUCGGAUUAAAUGAGUGGGUUGCUCUUCGAGGAGUGCUGCUUAUGCUGACAAUGACUUAGCAAAGGAGAGAAGGUCACAGCGAAAGCCCACGGGGGACUCAUCGAGAUCUACGGCAUUUCCGUCGCUAAAGUCGACGAAAAACUUCGCAUUCAGAGUGUGGAGACAUGGUUCGACCCGAUGGAGAUGUUCCGUCAAAUCGCACCGAAUGGCAUCGUCAACAGAACACCACACGUCCCAGUCGCUGGGGAAGACCUAACCUCACAGCUCUUUGGCGACGAGGGUGAGGAUGUUGCGCAUGGGCUUGAGCAUUCGCAUCUCAGUGCAACAGAUGGUGCAUGUCCCUUUGUUGGGAAGCAGUAAAGGCUCCAUGGAUUCGUGUCGUGAGUUUGAUUUCCGAUUUGGCGGCGCGCAAAAUAGUACAAGGAUUCUCAGAAUUCUGUGUUUUGGAUGUUUCAGAUUUGGUGGGAAAGUCUUCACCCUGCUGCAGUCUCUUAUCUGAGAUCCUCUGGGACGCUGCUCCUGGCCCGUCCCAGAAAAGUAGGUUGGGU